AUGUCUCGACUUCAGCGACCGCCUCGAGGAUUACAACAGCGUGAUGAGGUCGAAAGGAACAGGAAAGAAGACAACAAGACGCAAUAUGUGCGGAAACUAUCAGGCACAACUGUUCAUGGGGAGCGGCUGUUCGGGCGAUUCACUGCAAAAACUCCCAAUGCGCCCGGGGUGUUGGGUGUACUAGACGUUUCCGGUCCACCCCCCUCGAUCGUCGCGGAGCACGGAUGGACGUCGUCCAAUGCUCCUCGUCUACAUGCAGGUCACGAGCCUAUCGUCUCGCGCACGGAGGCUUCCAAUCAUCAAGGGUCACGCUCGAACCCUUCUAUUGACACUUCCAAUCCUCGUCGAAGUCUCAGCGCGGUCCACCGUCCCACCUUACAGCACGGCAGCUUAGCUUGUGCACGUACGCAUUCUCAAGGACACCAUCCCUAUCGCAUGGAAUCAUUGCGCGACCAGUACACCACUCCGGAAGGUCCCUUGCCAGAAAUGCAUAUGAUGCAAUCAUCUGCUCUGGAUCAUCAGUUAACACAACAUGCGCCUCAUAUGCUGCUGUCGACGCGGGAGGACCACCGAGAGGUGCUAACGUACGAUCCCUUCUACGGUGCUCGACCCAUACCUCUUCCUGCGGCCGAACAGCGACUUCCCAGUAUCAUCAUUGACAAUACAUCGUUCACGCAGCAGUCUUCGCUGGGGCUUGCGCUAGAUUUAUUUGGAGGAACCGACUUGCACUCGGCCGUUAAUGAUCCGCCCUCCGCGGAUAGUCAUCCCGUCCCGAGGUCAAUUGAAUCUUCGUGUCAGCGAGGCACAGCGAUGCCGGCAACUGACCGAGUUCAGCAGGCCUCGUUCCCGACUCAGUCCAACUCCAUACGUGCUCCGCUGGCCAUCACACCCCUGCUGGCCAUCACACCCCUGCUGGCCAUCACACCCCUGCUGGCCAUCACACCCCUGGACCAUGCGCAGAUCGUUCGGACUAGCCCGACGCCAGCUCUGAUACCAUCACUCCCAACCCAGAUCUCGAUGGACGACAGACAAUCGCCAACAUGCAACUCACAGUACGACGUCAAUCUCGUAGCACUGUCUGGGAUCCCCCGUACUUGGGAUCUCACUCCUUCAGUGACGCACGACCCUAUACUGCGGCCUUCGAACCCCCUUGCAGUGCAGCUCCUCCCGUCUGCGUUGCCUUCGAUGAGAGCGAUUCUAGGAGACUACAGGAAGACUCGUGUACACGAUCUUCUAUGGGGCUCUCGCCUUAUACCGCUCCCAGAAGUCGAGCGUCUGAUGAACGAUCAUGUCGAAGAAGCCUUACCGCUUACGGGAGAGCUUGCCGCCGUAGUAGAAUCUUUUGUCGAACAUUUCUAGUAGCAUCCGGGUACAAAGAAAGUCAACACAUAAUGGUUCGCGUUUCACGCUUUUCCUGCCGUCUUGCUUGUCUUAGUGUGUUUAAUGUAUUAUUUUGUUGAAGAAGUCUGUGAAGAAGUGGAGGUGGGUGUGGGUUGUAGCAUGGAGUAUGUAUAGCACUCAACGUAGAUUAUAUACUCUGCAGUAUCCUGAUCAAUAUGAUUAGGAAAGAGG